AUGGCUCGCAUCCCUGCCAUGUUUGGAGCGAGCAUCCUUGCCGGCCUAGCUUACAUCCAAUACCAAGCCGCCCAGGCCGGAACCUAUACCUUGAACGUCCUGAAAAAGGCCGGAGAAGCGGUCUCGGAGACGUCCUCAAAUAUGUUCGAGGGUGCCAAGGGGAUUGUCGAUCAAAUAGGAGUCGGUUGGGAGCGCACAAAAGAAGAGGCACAUCUACCGGAAUGGCUCCAGCAAUUUUUUGAAAAGGGGGAGGAGUCUGGCAACGGCGAGUCUGAACCACAACCGCCCAAGCCGAGCAAGUCCGCCGCCGGAGCUGCUGCUGCUUCGGCUGCCGCAAUAGUACUGGAACAAUCGAGUGAAGAUGACGAGCGAGCCGCUGCGGAGAUGGCACGAGAUGAUCAAAUGAUGGUUCUGACGAGAAAGAUGAUUGAGAUCCGAAGCAUUCUCAAUACAAUCGGCCAGGGAGGCGCAUUGACGCUACCGUCUAUUGUGGUUAUCGGUUCACAAUCAUCCGGGAAAAGCUCGGUGCUCGAGGCGAUCGUCGGGCAUGAAUUCCUACCAAAAGGCUCUAAUAUGGUCACCAGGCGCCCGAUCGAACUCACGCUGAUAAACACACCGGAUGCAAAAGCAGAGUAUGGCGAGUUUCCUACUCUCGGAAUGGGCAAAAUCACGGAUUUCACGCAAAUACAAAAGAUUCUCACCGACCUCAAUCUCGCUGUUCCCUCGGAGCAGUGUGUCACGGACGACCCUAUUCAGUUGUCAAUCUAUUCUCCUAACGUUCCAGAUCUAUCCCUGAUUGAUCUGCCGGGUUAUAUCCAAGUAUCGGGCAAAGAUCAGCCUUCCGAGCUGAAGCAGAAGAUCUCCGACUUAUGCGAUAAAUACAUCCAGCCGCCCAAUGUUAUCCUAGCCAUCUCCGCCGCAGACGUGGACUUGGCUAAUUCAACUGCCCUAAGGGCAAGUCGGAGAGUUGACCCUCGGGGCGAGAGAACGAUCGGCGUUAUCACGAAAAUGGAUCUGGUCGACCCUCGCCGAGGCGCUGAAAUUUUGUCGGAUCGAAAAUAUCCUCUGAGGUUGGGUUAUGUUGGCGUGGUAUGUAAGAUACCACAGUCAGCGGGACUUUUCUCUAGAUCGGGCGCCAAUGUGACAAAUGCCAUCAUCAAAAAUGAAUAUGCAUACUUCUCAUCACAUCCGUUACAGUUUGGUCCACAAUCAGAACUCGCUGUGGGUACUACCACGUUACGGCACAAGCUCAUGCACGUUCUUGAACAAACGAUGGCGGCGAGCCUUGCUGGCACGAGAGAUGCUAUCGUACAAGAGCUGGAAGAGGCAACCUAUGAGUUCAAAGUACAAUAUAACGAUAGGCCGCUCAGCGCUGAGUCGUACUUGGCCGAAAGCUUGGACAGCUUCAAGCAUUCCUUCAAGGAGUUUAGCGAGCAUUUUGGCAGGCCUCAAGUUAGAGCCUUGUUGAAAGAUGUUCUUGACCAGAAGGUGAUGGAUGUGCUGGCCAAAAGAUACUGGAACAAGCCCGUGGAGGAUCUAUCCCCGGUUCAGCCCGAAGCAGAUCCAUUAUCCGAACUGCCCAAGGCUGAUCCGCAUUCGUUAUAUUGGCAGCGCAAACUGGACGCUUCGACAUCGGAGCUUACAAAACUUGGCGUUGGGAGACUGGCAACUACUGUGGUGGCUGCGGAACUACAAAGCCAUGUCGACAAGUUGAUCGCCGCCUCAACGUUUGCUUCACAUCCAUACGCUCAACGUUCCAUUGUUGAUGCAUCAUCCAGCAUAUUGAAUGAUCGAUUCUACAGCACAAGCGAUCAGGUUGAAAACUGUAUCAAGCCAUUCAAAUUUGAGAUCGAAGUCGAGCCGAAUGAGUGGAGUAAAGGACGAGAGAACGUGGGUCACGUGCUGAAGAACGAGCUUAAAGCUUGUGAAGCUGCGCAAAGACAAUUGGAAGACAACGUUGGCAAAAGAAAACUUAAAGAUGUGAUGGGAUUCAUCGACCGAGUGAGGAAGGGAGACAUCGUCCUCGAGGGCGAUGGAGCCGGUGGCGCUGGUGGGUUUUCAGCAGCUCUCCUUCAAAAGGGUCGCGAAGCCGUCUUCCUCCGUGACCGUGCCGAUAUCCUCAAGAUGCGCCUAAUGGCGGUCAAGUCCAAGCAAUGCGCCAAUCUCAAAAACAAAUACUAUUGUCCCGAGAUCUUCCUGGACAUCGUCGCCGACAAGCUGACGUCCACAGCGGUGCUCUUCCUCAAUGUUGAACUCCUUUCCGAAUUCUACUACAAUUUCCCCCGCGAGUUAGAUCUGAGGCUUGGCCGUCAUCUGGAACCCAACGAGAUUGAACAAUUUGCAAGAGAAGACCCCAAGAUCAGAAGACAUCUCGAUGUCAUCAAGCGAAAGGAGAUGUUGGAGUUGGUUUUAGAGAAGAUCGAGAGUCUGAGGCAGCUAGAGGGUCGGACGAAGACGCAGCAGGCGAAGGCGUCACAGACCAAGGAGAGAGGGCGGUGGAGCCUGUUUUGA